GCCUCACUAUUCCAAGAGCUCCCAUUGGAUCAUCGCAUUUGGGCAGCUUCGAAUCACGUGGUGAUAAAGAAAAAUGGGCCAAAGCAUGUGCUUCAUCCGGCAACGUUCGGCCAUGAAGUCGAACCACUUUCUCCGAGUUCUCUCUCAACUAUGUCGACACGAUCUUGACCAAAUCCAGACUCGAGAUGAGCAGUUCCAAGGGCAAGAGUCCGGCCACAGGUGACGAAGAUGGAGAACUCAAUAACUCUGAAGACACAGCGGAACCGUCAUUUUUAUCAAGAGUUGCCGCUUCUGCAAGUGGCUUAACACGUAGUGCUUUUGGGAGUCCAGGUGGGAAUGAGCUGAAUGAGCAAGCUGCUGCUGCUCUUUCAAAUGCUGGAAAGGGCCAGUCUUCUACUAGAACUCCAGGAGAAAGUUCAUGGGCGGAAGGUUCAAAGCUAGUUCAGUCGCCAAGUCAGCCUCCCGGAAGAGGCUCAAGUGGUCUGAGGGUUGGACAAAGCGAGGCUCAUGUUAGACAAUCGGAGAAUGAGUUCUCUGACUUCUUAGAUGGGAUCGACUCUUUCUCGCCUUCUACAGAGUCAGCGAAUUCGCAGGUCGGAGAAGUCCCAAAUGGUUUCAAACAGGUGUGGGCUCACUCACAAAUCACUCCCCAGCCACUACAUGGAGAAAGAUUAGCCGGAACGGUUGCAGAACAGGAGAGCCAAGAUGGCCAGGGUGUUUUGGAUCUGUUGUCAGGUCCUGCAAGCUUACACGAGCCAUUUGAAGCACCAGAGGAGGACGAAGAAUUCUAUGACUGGGGCCUUUCACAAGACCAAAUCAUUGAGCUUCGAGCCAUGUUGAAAGACAUCUUACCCCCAUUGGAACAACAUACCGGCGUUGCUGCGGACAAUCCUCUCAACCUGGUACCAAAUUCUAACGAAUAUAACAAGGCGCAAUGGUUUGAGGAGUGGGACGGUGUCCUGAAUCGCUACGCGGAUGAAGUAUGGGGAGGAUUGUUACCUCUUGUUAAGGACGCCCGAAAAGAACUCGAUGACAUCCGGAACGGCGAAGUUGCCGCAGAGCAGCCGAAAGCGCUGAGAAGGCUCAACGCCAUCUUGGGUCAUUUACAGAAACGGUACCAUUAGCCGCAACGCAGACGUCGACAUGCAUACAUUCAAGAAGCAUGGCGUCAAGGAAGUUGUCUUAAGAUUGAAAUGGUUUCAAUAAACGAAAUUCUACUCCUGGGCCCGCGGUUCACUCAAGGGAAAUUGACUUUUAUCUAAAUCUUGGGACUACUUCAGCUCUUGCCCUUGCAAGUUCCACUUGACACGCGCUAUGCCAGAAUUACCCAUGAGCCAGAAGUCCAUGUAAUCAGUUCCAGUCCACGCAAAAUUCUGGACUGUGAAGUUUGUUUGGAUUCUCACAAUCAAUGCUCCAUCGUCAGGAUCUACCACAUCAACACCCGUGCCGGUACCAGCCACUAUUGGAGAUCAGUAUUCUCUUGAUCACACUUCUUCAACUUGAAAACUUACCUAUCCACCCAUUUCUGGCU